AUGUUCCAAUUAGAUGAACAACAAAAUGAGGCGGAUAAUAAAGAGGAGAAUAUGUUCCUAGUUCCGCCUAGUUUGGCGGACAUUUUCCGAGACUGGAUGAUUUUGACUAAUAUCCCCUUCAGUACCGUGAAUCGCCUGCUUGUGUCAUUGCAGCAUAAGCUUCCUGAACUGCCUCGAGACGCGCGGACACUGAUGAGAACACUCGGGUCAUGUCCAACUAGAGAAGUCCCCCCAGGAGAAUACAUCCACUUGGGCAUUGCGAACGGGCUUCGCCGGGUUGUGCCGAUGUACUUGCCACCCCAACCUCAUAUUAUCCAUUUACAUAUGAAUGUAGAUGGGAUGAAGCUGCACAAUAACGGUACAACCGUAAUCUGGCCUAUACUAGCACGUAUUGUGCGGCCCUUCACUACCCGGUAUUCCUUGUUGGGCUUUAUGGAGGAGUUCGUAAACCCGAGGACGUUUGAACUGGAAGAUCUCCUGCGUCUGGGAGUUGUCGUUAAUGACCUGCAUCAUCAGGUCGUGUUGGAUGCAAUUAUUUGUGACAAACCGGCACGCUCCUUCGUCACACGAAUGAGAGCACACAAUUCCUACUAUGGUUGUGAUAAGUGCUGCAUAAAGGGACAAUACUUCCAAACGAAGAUAACGUUUCCAUAUGGGCAGCAUGUUCUGCGAACUGACAACAGUAUACGUCGGGAUACUCGAAACAGUCCGUCUCCAUUCUUUACGUUACCCAUUGAUUUCGUUCACUGCUUUCCCAUAGAUUAUAUGCACGCCGUAUGUCUCGGUGUUGUCCGUAGAUUAGUUUCCAUUUUCGUCAACGGUGAUCGACCCGUACGCAUCGGGCCUGCUGGCUUGAACAGGGUAGAUCGCAUGAUUCGGAAUAUACGUGCCCAUAUGCCCGUGGAAUUCCCGCGUAAGUGCCGGGAAAUUACACUGUACAAACAGUGGAAAGCGACUGAGUUUCGUCAGCUGCUGUUUUACAUUGGUCCCAUUGUGUUUAAGGACAUUCUUCCCCAUGAACGUUAUCGAAAUUUCAUAGAUCUAUUUAUAUCCGUGUAUUUUCUUUCUCAUCGUCGCUUUUCUGUUUCCCGCCCUGAUUAUGCACGACAAUUAUUGCUAGUAUUUGUUAACAAGUUCCAAAAACUGUAUGGCUUGCAGGAGAUGGUGUACAAUGUCCAUUGUCUGCUGCAUUUACCGGAUGACGUCUCGUCUCACGGGCCUCUGGACAAUUUUUCAGCAUUCCCUUUUGAGUCUUACAAGUUCACACUUGAGCGCCUUGUACAAAGUCCCACGUAUCCUGUUAGGCAGAUUUAUAAACGCCUGCAGGAGUCAGCAUCGUGUCUCACAAACACCCCAGAUUACCACGCCGAUUGCGAUGCGGGCUUACCUUUGAAACAAGCUUACAGUCUUGUGAAGUUCCAUGAACAAGGCCUAUGGCAGUGUGCAGUCCUCAGUUCUUCAUGGAUUGAGGGUAACUGUGCUGCAUGGCCAAAAGUUCACUCGAAGGACUGUUAUAAGGCCGUUCGCCUUCAUAUACAGCCGCCACCUGGAUCAUUGAAGCUGAAUUGCGAAGUCAUUCGGACUUAUGGUAGGUGUCAUGUAGACCGCAUUAACUUUUCAGACGAUUUCAAAAAGGCCCGCGAACAUGAGAGAGAUCUCCAUAAGACUACCGUGCGUGCUGUCAAGAUUUCUUUUCGGAAUACCAGAGAACGAAGCCCCUCCCUCUCCAUCAGUCCAUCACCGAAAAAACCAAGGUUGAUGGUGCCACAAUCCCCGUCUUACCCCAGCUUCUCGCAGGCGACACCCCGUGCCUUGUUCCACUCAACUCCAGAGUGCAUACCCCAGCAUCCCGCACCCGUCCCGUCCACAUCCAGCCAGCCCGUAUAUACGAUACCGCAGACGGUGCACCGCCUGCCACAGUACACUUUGAACACCGCAACGGAGAUCCCUAUGUUUCCAGUUUUAUCCCCACCACCUGCCCCUUUAUUCCAAACCCCAGGAAUCGCAGCACUGCUUCAGCAGAACAAAUUGCUGCAUCGUAAAAUGGACGCAAUGGCGGAAGAUCAUCGAUGCCUGAAGAUCCGCAUUGACAACUCUGUUACAAGCCCACAGUUCUUCUGA